AUUGGACGUGCUAGAGACGGAAGCGGGUCUCUGGCUGGUACUGAGCGGCUUCCGGUGGUGAGACUGCAGCACGAUGGCUACUGAUUCUUGGGCCCUAGCGGUGGAUGAGCAGGAGGCUGCAGCUGAGACGCUUAACAAGUUACAGCUGAAAGAUGACAAGCCUGAAGCACCAGCGCCCAAGCCUGAAGCGCCCAAGCCUGAAGCACCCAAUCCUGACGCACCCAAGCCAGAGAGCAAUGGUACAGAGACUCCUGAUAAUGGCAACGGUGCAGAAAAGACAGAGAAUGGGGAAGAAAAGACAGAAGAGGAUGAUAAGGAGGACAAAGCUGCGCAGUCUCUACUUAACAAGCUUAUUCGAAAUAACUUGGUUAACACCACCAAUCAAGUUGAAGUGCUUCAACGCGAUCCAAACUCCCCUCUGUAUUCUGUGAAAUCUUUUGAGGAGCUGAGAUUGAAAAAGGAGCUUCUACAAGGAGUCUAUGCUAUGGGAUUUAAUCGUCCAUCUAAAAUCCAAGAGAAUGCUCUUCCCAUGAUGCUUGCUGAGCCGCCUCAGAAUCUCAUUGCACAGUCCCAGUCUGGGACAGGUAAAACGGCUGCCUUUGUUCUUGCAAUGCUCAGUCGUGUAGAUCCUGCAAACAAAUACCCACAGUGCUUGUGCCUUUCCCCUACCUAUGAGUUGGCCUUACAAACUGGGAAGGUAAUCGAGCAAAUGGGGAAGUACCAUCCUGACAUCAAUCUGGCGUAUGCAGUACGGGGAAACAAAUUUGAACGUGGGCAUAAGAUUUCUGAGCAGAUUGUCAUUGGUACACCAGGCACUGUCCUGGACUGGUGCACAAAACUAAGAUUUAUUGAUCCCAAGAAAAUGAAGGUCUUUGUUCUUGAUGAAGCGGAUGUAAUGAUUGCAACUCAGGGACAUCAAGAUCAGAGCAUCAGGAUUCAGAGGAUGUUGCCACGUGACUGUCAGAUGCUUCUGUUCUCUGCCACGUUUGAGGAUUCAGUAUGGAAAUUUGCUCAGAAAGUUGUGCCAGAGCCCAACAUCAUCAAACUAAAACGGGAAGAGGAGACCCUUGACACAAUUAAACAGUACUAUGUGCUUUGUAACAACCGGGAAGAAAAGUUUGAAGCUCUCUGCAAUAUUUAUGGUGCUAUAACCAUUGCACAAGCCAUGAUCUUCUGCCAUACUCGUAAAACUGCAUCUUGGCUAGCAGGUGAACUGUCAAAAGAAGGACACCAAGUUGCUCUCCUAAGUGGAGAGAUGAUGGUUGAACAGAGAGCAGCUGUGAUUGACCGCUUUAGAGAGGCAAAAGAGAAGGUGCUGGUAACGACUAACGUGUGCGCCAGAGGUAUUGAUGUAGAACAAGUAUCUGUCGUUAUAAACUUUGACCUUCCAGUGGACAAAGAUGGUAGCCCAGAUAAUGAGACUUAUUUGCAUCGUAUUGGCCGCACAGGACGUUUUGGCAAGAGAGGCCUGGCAAUCAAUAUGGUGGACAGCAAACACAGCAUGAAUAUUCUGACCAGGAUCCAGCAGCACUUUAAUAAAAAAAUAGAGAAGUUGGACACACAUGACAUGGAUGAAAUUGAGAAAAUUGCAAACUGAAUUACCAAUUAGCCCUUCUUCUGCACCAAGAUCUCCUUAGAAGUGGUGUUUUGCAACUGAGCAACCACGAGAACGUAGCUCACCUCCAUACUUUUGCGUGAGCUCCCAAUGGAGGAGUCUGUAUGAUAUUCUUGGGUUUUUGUUUUUUAGCCUAGCCUUAAUAAGAGAAGUCUUUUUAAAUUUAAA